AUGAAGUACAUAUGGUUAUGGCGCUUCCUGCCCUUGGUGCUCUUGUUCCAGCAUACGUUUGCGCUUCAACCAAAUGAUCAAAACCCCCUUUCAGAUGUUGCUCAGGGAUCACCCAAUCCCUCCGGUGAUACGUCCUCCGAUGCUCCUACAAAUGAGCGCGUCAGAUAUGCCCUCAAUGUUCUACGCGAGGCAAAGAUACCGGUCGUCACGCCUCCGGGGAAGCCAUCUGGCGUCCUCGGCAACACCUGGCAUUACGCGCAAGAAGCCUUUCGAAUACUCUUUAUGAAUGGACCACCAUCGAGCGGCGCCGCGCGGAGGAAAAUGAACCCGAGCAUUACAAAAGCCGUCGACGCACUCAGAAUUGCGGCUUUGGAGGACCACGAUCCGGAUGCGAUGUUCCUACUAGCAGAAAUGAACUUCUACGGCAAUUUCUCGCAUCCCCAGGACUUCCAGCAGGCGUUUCGCUGGUACGAGAGUCUAGCAUCAUGGGACGGAAAUAGCACGGCACAGUAUAUGCUUGGUUUUAUGUAUGCCACGGGAAUCGGAGGCGGGGUUGAACGCGACCAGGCCAAGGCACUGUUGUACCACACCUUUGCCGCAGAGGCGGGGAAUACGAAGUCCGAAAUGACUCUUGCAUAUCGCCAUCAUGCUGGCAUUGGCACCCCCAGGAAUUGCGACGAGGCAACCUAUUACUACAAACAAGUGGCGGAUAAAGCCAUUGAGUACUAUCGAUCUGGACCGCCUGGUGGCCACAGUAUGGUCCGCGAAUCAUACCGUUGGGCUGACGAAGAGGGCGGCGUAUAUGGGGAGGGUGCCAGCGUAUCCAGCUCCGGCCCUAACGCCCUUCGUGAUGGCUCGGGUUCUACCGAGGCCAGCCUAGAAGACGUUCUAGAAUAUCUGGAUCUUAUGUCUCGGAAAGGGGAGGUGAAGGCGACGUUUAGCCUGGGGAAGAUGCAUUAUGAAGGCACGAAGGGACUGCCCAAGAACUAUAAGAAGGCGCUCAAAUACUUUAAACUGGUCACAAAACGAUACUGGAAUAAGGACCAUUCACUGAACCCGAACCAUCCGGCUGGGAUCGAGAAAUUGGCAUCUAAAGCAGCAGGACACAUUGGCCUAAUGUAUCUACGUGGCGAAGGCGUGGAGCAGAAUUUCGAAACCGCUUACACGUGGUUCAAACUUGGAUUGGCCAACGGGGACGCGCUUUGCCAGCACCAAAUUGGGCUCAUGUUUUUGCAUGGCUAUGGAGUGCAGAAAGACGCUUACAAAGCCUCUUCUUACUUCAAAGCCGCAGCGGAUCAGGACUACCCUGCGGCGGAAACGCGGCUAGGUGCAUUAUUCCUGGACCAAGGUGACGUCGCAACAGCUACCAAGUACUUCGAACUUGCUGCUCGCUGGGGCUGGAUGGAAGCCUUCUAUUAUCUUGCAGAACUGGCCAACAAUGGUGUUGGCCGACAACGACAUUGUGGACUCGCUGCGUCGUACUACAAAAUGGUCGCAGAGAAAGCAGAAGCGAUCCACUCUUCCUUUACCGAAGCGAACGCUGCGUAUGAGAGUGGUGACAAAGAGCGAGCAUUCAUCCCAACGCUUAUGGCCGCAGAGCAAGGGUACGAAAAUGCCCAGGCUAAUGUAGCCUUUGUCCUUGAUGAACAGCGUUCAUUGUUACCAUUGGAGAAAGUCCUACCUGGAUUGAGGAAGCCCCGACCUGCUUUGCUUCGAAAUGCCGCAUUGGCUCUGAUUCAUUGGACUCGCUCAGCCAAGCAGGCCAACAUCGACUCUCUGCUCAAAAUGGGUGACUAUUAUCUGAGUGGUAAUGGCAUUGGUAUUGAUUCUGAGAAAGCUUCAACAUGUUAUCACACCGCCGCCGAAGCUCACUUCAGUGCGCAGGCGUAUUGGAAUCUCGGCUGGAUGCAUGAGAACGGGGUUGCUGUUGAGCAAGAUUUCCACAUGGCUAAGAGGUAUUAUGACCUGGCUUUGGAGACGAGCGGCGAGGCCUACCUGCCUGUUAAGCUCAGCUUGUUGAAAUUGCGGGCACGGAGCUCUUGGAAUAGAUUCACUAAUGGAAAGGUCAAUUCCAUUCGAGAGGACGAUGAACCUAAACCCCGUCGUACCUUUAGUGAAUGGAUUGCAGCGUUCAUUGAAAAUGACGAAGAGGAAGAAGCGAACUACCGCGCACAGCUCCAUAAACAGGGCGAAGAGGACGACGACGAUAUAUUGUCGAGUAGUGAACAUCACCGCCUUGAUGACCAUGAUGACGGCUAUUACGACGAACUCGACCUUGACAUUGAGGACAGUAUCCUGGAAGGCCUCAUCAUCCUAUCGCUAGCUGCCACCCUCAUGGUCUUGGUGUACUUGCGACAACAACGGAAUAACCGUCAAAGACAGAACGAUAAUCAGGGCGCGAAUGCAGCAGGGCAAGCCAACGCGAACAACCGGGGUUUCUUCCCACGGCCCGGGGAUCCAGAGUUUGCUCAAUGGGUGGCUGGCGGGGUUGGUCAUUAG